AUGGAAAAGCGACAGGGCCUGAUGAGAUACCAGCAAAAGCCAUCAAAGCUGAGAAAGAGACAACCAUUAACAUCUUAUACAACCUCUUCAACAAGAUCUUGGAAGAAGAGAACAUCAUGGAAGAGUGGCCAUGGAAAGAAGAUAGCCACACUGCGCAUCAUUAUGCAGUCACUGGAGUGGAAGUCCCACCUCUAUGUCAACUUCAUCGAGCAUGAGAAAGCAUUCGACAGCGUGGACCGAGAGCCAUUGUGGAAGAUACUGAGGCACUAUGGAGUACCAGAUAAGCUAGUCUCCCUGAUUCGAAACACCUCCCAAGGCAUAAUAUGCAGGGUUGCCCAAGCUGACCAGAUGUCUGAUAAUUUCGAGUUGAAGACAGAAGUUCGACAGGGAUAUGACCUGGCUCUCCUUUCACACAACCAAAGCAAGAUGCAGGAUAAAACAACUCGCCUUGCAACAACAUCGGCAGGAACAGGCCUCAAAAUAAACUUGAAGAAAACAGAAUUGAUGAAGAUAAACACCACUGUCCAAACACCAGUCACAGUUGGUGAUGAGCCCAGUCCUAUUGCUAGUCCUAUU